AUGAGGCUACUUCUUUCUAUCACUUUUCUUCAGUUCUAUGCGGUGUUCUGCUCCCCUUUGGAUCAGGUUACCGUUUCCCCGACCGUCACUCUCGAUUCUGCUACUGUAACCGGAAUCAAUCAAGGUGCUUUGUCCAAGUUCCUUGGAAUUCCCUAUGCAGAGCCGCCGGUAGGAGAACUCCGCUUUAACUUACCUCGCGCUGUGACUUCCUACAACGGCUCUAUCAACGCGACAUCUUACGGGCCCACAUGCCCCCAACAGACCGUCAAGUCGCCUAUAUCGCUCAGCCAAUUCUUCAAUUUCACAGUACCAUUUAUCAAGGACCCGGAUAGAAAUGUCACCAGGAAUUCGACAGAAACACCAGAAAGCGAGGAUUGCCUUACAAUUAAUGUUAUCAAGCCCUUGAAUGCCUCUGCUGAUGCGAAACUUCCAGUGGUAGUGGUGGAUUCGAACGGGGAAGCGCUGGAGGUUACGAUGAUCAAGGCACACGGAUUGUCAACAGCUUGGGGUUUCCUUGCCAGCCAAGAAGUGCAAGAUGCUGGUGUGGGAAAUGCAGGCCUUGUCGAUCAAUAUGUCGCAUUGCAAUGGGUGCAAAAAUAUAUCAGUGUAUUCGGAGGCGACCCAUCCAAGGUCACUUUAUGGGGACAAUCAGCUGGUGCUAUUUCAGCGUCUAUGCAAAUGCUAGCAUAUGGCGGCAACUCGUCUGAUCUAUUCAGAGGCGCAUUUAUGCAGUCCGGUGCACCGAUUCCUGUCGGUAAUUUAACAGGUGGACAGCAAUACUACGACCAACUCGUGAAUGCGACGAACUGCACAGAUUCAGACAAUACCUUGUCGUGUUUGCGCAAUGUUCCACAGGAUCAGUUGAAGGCAGCCGUUGAUGAUACGCCUAAUUAUUUCUCAUAUGAUGCUUUAGUGUUGGCUUGGUCCCCUAGGGCAGAUGGUGUAUUUUUGCAAGACAACCCCCAAAAAUUAGUACAGGAGGGCAAAAUCGUAAACGUCCCUGUCGUAUCCGGAAAUGUUGAUGAUGAAGGGACCUUAUUUUCGUUGUCUAGCAGAAACGUAACCACCGACGAACAGUUCCGUGAAUACGUCAGCACCGUGUGGGUCCCCGGAGCAAGCGAAUCAGAGCUCGAGCCUCUAUGGGACUAUUACCCGUCAACACUCAGCCAAGGGUCGCCGUUCAACACCUCGAACUUCAAUGAUAUUACACCGCAGUAUAAGAGGAUUUCGGCAUUCCAGGGCGAUGUGGUCUUCCAGGCUCCAAGGAGGUUCUUCUUGCAAAAUAUAUCCGGGAAGCAGAAGAUUUGGUCUUACUUGAGUUGGCGACUGAAGUUUGUACCAGUCCUCGGUUCGUUCCACGGCUCUGACCUUGAAAUUAACCUCCUGGACGACUACCUCGUGCGAUUCGUUAACAAUCUGGACCCCAAUGGGCCUUCUCCCCGACUCACAUGGCCAGAAUAUACAACAGAGUCGCCCCAAUUGUACACGUUCCCUAUCACAGGCAGGCCAGAAUUGUCGCAGGACACGUAUAGGGAGGCGCCGAUGCAGUACCUGAUGAAUCUUUCUUUGAGCCAUCCGCUGUAA